UCCCUUACUCAAAACCGAAUAAAAUUCCAAUGGAGACCCGCAUUACAAAACCCGGAAGGGAGAGCAUUUGCGUGAUCAGCGUGAGAACGAAGCUGAGAAGCAUUUGAGCAUAUUGAAAAAUCGGGAGAAUAGAAAAUGGCAUGGAGAGGGCAACUUUCUCGGAAUCUUAAGGAGUUUCGUAUUCUGCUGUGCCAAUCUUCACCUUCAAGAUCAUCGACUAGAGCAUUCGUGAAGAAAAAUUACAAGGAUCUCAAGACUCUGAACCCUAAGCUUCCGAUCCUGAUCCGUGAGUCUAGUGGAAUCGAGCCUCAAUUAUGGGCUAGAUAUGAUAUGGGCGUUGAGAGGUGCAUUUGAUUGGAAGGUUAAACUGAGGCACAGAUCUUUAAGGCCCUUGAAGACCUUGCAAAAGUUGGGGCCAUCGCUUAAAGCUUGAUGCCAAUGUUGUUUAACUGUAUAGAAUGAAAUAAAUUGAUACUUUGGGAGGAUCUUCAUGUUAAAGUUUGUCCUGUGUUUUGCUAUGUA